CCUGGAGUUGGUAUAAACCGGAGCGGCUCAGGCGUCUUGACUUCAUCCCCGUGACCCCUCAAACCCUCUUUGAACCACCCUGUCCUCGCUGGUGUCUCUCAGACUGCCCCGUCAUGCAGCUCCGGUUGCCGGUGUGCGUAACGGCGCUGUUCGCGUCCUCCUGGUUGCUCGCGGAGGCGCAGAUCGUGAAGCGCGCGGCUAUCGGCUGUCCGGAGAGGUGCGACAGGUCUGCGUGCGCACCGGUCCUCCAGGACUGCCUGUCCGGGGAUGAGCUGGACCGCUGCGGCUGCUGCCCGGUGUGCGCAUCCGGCGAGGGCGCGCCGUGCGGCGCUCCCGGGGAUCAGGAGUGCGUGGAGGGGAUGGAGUGCGUGGUGACCGACGGCGUAGAGGCGUCCGCCACCGUCCGGCGGCGAGCAAGGGCCGGGGUGUGCACGUGCAUCAGCACUGACCCGGUGUGCGGCAGCGACGGCGUCUCUUACCGGAACGUCUGCGAGCUGAAGCGCGUGAGCAGCCGCGCCACGGAGCUGCAGCAGCCGCCGGUCAUCUUCAUUCAGAGAGGAGCCUGCGGCAAAGGUCAGCAGAGCCCCGACAGCCUGCGUUACAAGUACAACUUCAUCGCCGACGUAGUGGAGAAAAUCGCCCCGGCUGUGGUUCACAUAGAGCUGUUCCGAAAGAUGGUAUUUUCCAAGAGAGAGGUGUCGGUCGCCAGCGGUUCCGGUUUCGUUGUUUCUGAGGAUGGACUUAUCGUCACCAACGCGCACGUUGUGGCCAACAAGCACAGAGUGAAGGUGGAGCUGAAGAGUGGGGCCACGUACGACGCCAAGAUAAAAGACAUCGAUGAGAAGGCUGACAUCGCCCUCAUCAAGAUUGACACGCCGAACAAGCUGCCCGUCCUGCUGCUUGGUCGCUCCGCAGACCUGCGACCCGGAGAGUUUGUGGUCGCCAUUGGGAGCCCGUUCUCCCUGCAGAACACUGUCACUACAGGCAUUGUCAGCACCACCCAACGGGGGGGUAAGGAGCUGGGCCUACGGAACUCUGACAUGGACUACAUCCAGACGGACGCCAUCAUUAACUAUGGAAACUCGGGGGGGCCGCUGGUCAAUCUGGACGGGGAGGUGAUUGGUAUCAACACCCUGAAGGUCACGGCCGGGAUCUCCUUCGCCAUCCCGUCCGACAAGAUCCUGCAGUUCCUGGCAGAGUCUCAUGACAGGCAGGCCAAAGGUAAAACACUGGCAAAGAAGAAAUACAUCGGCGUCAGGAUGAUGAGUCUCACUCCAACGCUGGCGAAGGAGCUGAAGGCGCGACACCCGGACUUCCCCGACCUCACCUCUGGCGCCUACGUCAUGGAGGUCAUCGGUCGGACUCCGGCCGAGGCGGCGGGGCUAAAGGAGAGGGACGUCAUCAUCAGCAUCAAUGGCGAGCACAUCACCUCGGCCAAUGACGUGAGCACCACCAUCAAGCGAGAGCAGAAUUUGAGGAUGGUGGUGAGGCGCGGCAACGAGGACGUCAUGCUGACCGUUAUCCCAGAGGAGAUCGACCCUUGACCUUUGACGAUGACACGCCGUCAGCAUCCACCAAUCAGGGGCUGGAUGUCAGUGCUGGAGUCAGUCAUGACUAGAACUGAGAAGCCCUGCAGCUUUCUGUUUCACACCCGACGUUCUUCACUCAGAAACUGAAGCUGCACAUUUAUGUUCCUCUCAGCUCCAUUUACCUUCCCCCCCCUCACAGGCCUGACUCUCCAGCGCCACCUGUGGCUGCUGCAGGUGAUCGCAGGUGUCUUCCACAGAUAACUUCCUUACAGUUUUGUGCCUUUGUAUUUGAAGACAAUGUUUUUCAAAGAAGAGAAUAAAGUUAUUUUUAAACACA